GACAGAUACUGUAACUUGCAAAUCACAAGAGAAUAACCCUAAUCGGCGUCCUGCACUGAAGUGGUGUGGAAAGGGAUGGGCACCUCAGCUGGUGCAACGUUUUCUAGGCGAACGUCGUCCCUGGCAGGAGAUAGAAGGCUUCUACACCCGCCUUGUUGCUGGAAAUGCUUCUCUCCUCGAUUUGGAAUCUUUGCAAAAAAUUAAGUUUACCGAGGCAGCUGAACAAACGCUCAGUGGACUCCCUGGACCUGGAGGCAGCACACAGCAAGAGAGACAGCCGACGUCCAGUGCAGACAGCUCCUACAGCAUAUCUCGCAGGAAAGAGACUCAGCACACGCGACUGACCUAUGCAGUCACGAUCUGCUUCUUUGGGCCAGCGUUUGCUGGCUGGGCGUGGGCGCCAGGUCUAUCAGGAACGGCCCAGGGCACAGUGCAGGAUGCCGUUGCCAAACUGUUUGGGCCUGACAAGAACACACAGGUGGUUGUGAAUGCUGCUGGGCGCACGGACAGGGGUGUCAGCGCUUACGGGCAAGUCGUGUCAUUUUACUCGUGGGAGGAGCUUGCCCUGGAUGACAUCAUCACCUGCAUCAAUGCUGCCGACCCUGGCAAGCUGAGAGCUCUGCAUGCGCAAGUCGUGCCCCGUUCCUUUCAUGCUACUUUCCAGGCCGUGUGGAGGCGGUAUAUUUACCUGCUGCCUCUGCGCUCAAGGCCAGUAGGAGGUGUUCCUGAGGGUCCGUGCGCGCCUGUGAUC